AUGACUUACGAGGAACUGCAAUCGCAGGGAGAAUCGGUCGGCAGCGAGAGCAAAGGACUUCCUGCCGAUCAGAUUGCGCUGUUGCCAACUUUCAAGUACAAAACCGGAUCGAAGAAAAAGAAAAAAGAAAAGGAAGAGGGGAAUCAUUUCGAAUUUAUACCGUUCAGGGCCGGAAGAAGGAUGUGCCCUGGAUUUAAUUUGGCUUUGAAGAAUAUUCAAAUAGUGGUGGCAUCUUUGGUGCAUUACUUUGAUUGGAGCCUUCCGGAUACGAUGGAUCCGACCCGAAUUGACACGGCCGAGAAAUUUGACAGAAAAUCAAUAUGUCGGUUGGUAAUUCUGUUGCCUAUUUUCUUCAUUUCCCUCAAGAAAUUAGGGUUUUUUGGAUCAUCAACAGCGAAACUCCCACCAGGCCCUAAUGCAUGGCAACUUCUCCGAAAAGUUUCCGAAUUUAGAAACAAACCCCACAUAGCAAUCACCAGCCUUGCUAAACUGUACGGUCCAAUCAUGUCCUUCCACCUCGGCACCCAAGUCGUCGUCAUUGCGUCAUCAUCGUCAGCCGCCAAGCAGAUCUUCAAAACCCAUGACCAGAACUUUUCAGGCAGGUAUCUGAUGACUUCUGUUUUCUGCAAACUCCCAACAAUAGAUCACUGCACGUUAGCAAUGUCGAGAGAAUGCGGCGCCACGUGGAAGCUACUGCGUGACGUCACCCAGAGCGUCAUCUUCUCCUCCAAAUCCGUUCAUUCCAAGGCAUGCACGAGGAAGGCCAAGGUGGCGGAGAUGGUGGAGUGCAUACGAAGCAAACACGGCGAAACAGUCAACCUCGAAGUUUUGAUGAACUCCACUAUUUCUAAUAUAAUUAGCGACGUGUUGGUUUCGAGAAACCUCGUCGAUAUCACGAGGGAGAGUGAGAGUGAUGCAGAGGUGAGGGGUGUUGUUAGAGAAAUCAUUGAGUUGGUUUCUUCCUCUGUAGGGUUGUCUGAUUUGUUUCCUGUGUUGAGGAGGUUGAAUUUACCUAGUACUAAACGAAAAGCUAUGGAAAUUCAUGGGAAAAUAAUGUAUAUUUGGGAAGAUAUUGUCAAGGAGAGACGAUCGGAAAAGCGCGACGGAGUACUUGCGAAUGCGAAUUCGGGUGGUGAUUUCUUGGAUUUUAUGAUCGAAAACGGGUUUCCGGACGAUCAGAUCUGCAAUGUCACCAUGGAGCUAUUGGCAGCUGGAAUGGAUACAAGCGGAAUGACAUCGGUGUGGUUGAUGGUAGAAUUGAUUAAAAAUCCCCACAUUUUGCGUAGAGUUCGCGACGAAAUUGCAAGCGCAUUUGAAGGAGAUGAUCCUACGCUGAUCGACGAGUCGAUUCUAAGCGACUCCCACUAUUUCCAAGCAUGUAUAAAAGAAACACUAAGGCUUCACAUUCCGGGCCCAUUUUUGAUGCCACAUUGUGCAAUCGAGGCGUGCAAGAUCGACGACUACAUAAUCCCAAAGGAUAGCGUUGUUCUCGUAAACGCUUGGGCUAUUUCCAUGGAUCCCGACACCUGGAAAGAUGCUACGAGUUUUAACCCCGACAGGUUUCUUGAAUCGAAAAUAGAUUUCCGAGGGAAUCAUUUCGAGUAUAUACCUUUCAGCUCUGGACGACGAAUGUGCCCCGGAAUAAAUCUUGCUUUGAAAAAUAUUCAAAUAGUGGUGGCUUCUUUGGUGCAUUAUUUCGAUUGGAAUCUUCCGAACGGAAUGGAUCCGACUCAAAUCGACAUGGCCGAUAAAUUCGGAACAGUGCUCAAGAAGGAAACACCUUUGCUUUUGAUUCCUAGUCUAAAAAAAUAUUGAAAAAUAUUUGAUCUUUAAUCCUAUAUAUA